ACACACACACACACACACAUACACACUCAAAACCAGACAAUUCAGGCUGAAUUGGACAAGUGCUGAGUUUUUAAGCAUUAUCAACCCCACCCCCACCUUGAUAUACACACACCCAACCAAAGCAAAAGGCUUUAAGCUCCGUCACACAUCACCUCGUCCCAGAGAGAUCCAGGCGACAACCAGGGAAACAGGAACAGGUCGUAAAACCAGCGUCUUCAUCUUCAUCCUGUUGCUGAUACCUCCAUGCAGUUUGGACGCUGGAAAACUCCAGAGGCGCUCAUCUGUUAGGGUGUGAGACGUACGUGGAGCGACGGGGAUGAGAUCCUCAUAGACCGCUGCCAGGUGAGAUGGAGGGAGAGCCGGGCCGUCUCAGCGGAGCCAGAGGAGGGAAGAGAAGCGAAAGACUGUGCUCACGAGAAGAGAAGAAGAGGAGGAAGACGCAUGGACCGGUGGAAACUGGCUGCCAGAGAAACCCUGAUGUCUCAGCCGUGUCCAGCACCUCUCACGAUGACCGCAGCUCGGCGGCCAGCGGCCUGGACGUGGCCGACAGGCUCACUUAUCUGGAGCAGAGGAUGCAGAUGCAGGAGGAUGAAAUCCAGCUGCUGAAGAUGGCUCUGGCCGACGUCCUCAAGAGACUCAACAUCUCCGAGGAGCACCUGGCUGCUGCUGCCGGCGCAGGCAGGAGAGCGCCGGGCGUCAAAGCCAGACCCGUGUCCCUGGCUCUGCCCCCCAGGCCGCCCAUGGGGGCCUCGGCCGCCGCCGCUCUGAAGAAGAGCACCACGCUGCCCUCCAGCCCCGCGGCCAGGAACUACAGCCCAACGUCAUCACGCAGCAGUGUGAAGAGCCCACUAGGCAGCGUGAAGGACAGUCCGUGUAAGACCAACAAAACACGGACUGGAUCCACAUCGUCAACCUGUAAGAAAAUUCCAGAAAGCAAGUCCAAGGAGGAUGCGGUCAACGUAGGAACGAGGCGUGUGACUCACUGCAAAGUGACUAUGCAGAUCUGUCUGAGCCCCCUCACAAAAAAGACUGGGUCUUCUGAGGCCGCCGGGUCGGCGUCGGCGGUGCCGGCCGACCGAGGGCCCGAGGCCGCCAGCCCCGGCCCGCCCGAACCCAACGGGGGCGGCAGGCCCGAGGUUCGGAAACCCACCCCGUCCUUCACCUUGAACCUGCAGAAAACCACCACCAGCCAGAACUCUGCGCAGGACACGCCCAGCUACAAAAGCCCCAUCAAGUCGCCCAGCCAGUACUUCCAGAUCUGUUACUGACUCAGAAAGUAUGAAGGCACAUUUUUUGAGAGUCAGUUUUGAACUUAAUUUGACAAUUACUCCUUUCCUUUGUAUUUUUCUUCUUUCAGCAUUUCGAAUAUUGUGUUUUACAUUGAUCUUUUACGAGUUUAGUUGACUUUUUCCUUUUUUUUCAGCUUUUUCAUGGGCUGCAGAGUAGUCGUGACUGCGUUCGUCAGACUCUAAGAUGUUUGUAUUUUGCUCCCCAGGGUGCGUGUGGUCUCCGUUACAGCUCUGUCAGUCUUUGUGAGAAGUUUUUAGUUAUGUUUCUCAGAGUUUGCGACCAUCAAGUGUUCGAUGUAAGGAGGAGGAGGAACUGAGAACCCGUUUGCUGUGCUGUUUAAAUUUGUGUUUUUGAUGUUUCAGACUUCACCUUACCCAAGAAAAAGUUCCAAUUCAUAAGAAAAAAUAAAUAAAAAAA